ACUCUGAUCUCAGCUUGCGCACUUCAUCUCCUGGCUAGCCCAACGUCGAAUACUCUAUCCCAUCCACCAUGUCUGCUGAUCUUCACUGGCUUUUGCUGAGAAAAUGGAACUCGUUCCAACACCCUGGAGUUAAGGGAGGUCCCACUCUUUCCAAGGAACACGGAAACUUGCGAAACAUCCACUCUCACAAAUACUCUGGUCUCUCCAACCACAACAGCGUCAGCAUCUUUGCCGACAAGAACGGAGCUAUCACCUUUACCAAGCUGAAGAAGGAUGUUGCCCCUAACAAGGUUAGGGACGCACGAUCUAGCUCUACGCUCCGACGAACGACUGGAUCUCGACGAGCCAACAAGAUCGCUGCUGUCGAGACCGCUGGAAAGGGAUACAGGGCUGAUCUCCGACAGGCCGCCGUCGCCAGGAUCUCUGCUUUGUCCCGUGCCAACGCCCGAACUGCUGCUCCUCGCAAAGAGUUCCCUGCGAAGACCAGGGGCAAGAAGUCUGUUUCUGGAGGAAGCAAGGCUCAAUCUGGAAAGAAGGAGGACGACGAUGUCAUCGAGCUCGACUAGGCUGCGAGUGUCUGUAUAGCAGGAGGAUAUGCAUGAGCGCGAGCGGGAGUGUAUGAAGCUUAUGACGUGG